AUUUUGGUAAUCAAAUCUAAAAGGUUUGAUGUUGAAAGGCCAUGGACUCUUGGUUGAUUCGGAGUCUUGGUUCUUCAAAGCUUCCAACAUAACCACAUCAUCUCUUUCUCCUUCUCGCCUAGAAUUUAGCUAAAACCUGCAAACCCAAUCAAAACCUCUGCUUAACCAUGAAGCUACCAAAAUUUAUGUUCGCUGGCGUUCUAAUCUUAGGGUUUCUAUCCAUAGUCGCACAAUCCAUCCGUUUCGAGAUCGAAUCAGGCCAUACAAAAUGCAUAUCGGAAGACAUCAAAAGCAAUUCUAUGACAGUCGGUCACUACUCCGUAGUUAAUCCCAACGAAGGACAGCCAUUACCUGAAUCCCACAAAUUCACUAUCAGGGUGACUUCGGUGUACGGGAACUCCUAUCACUACGCCGAUCAUGUACAGUCGGGACAGUUUGCAUUUCAGGCUACUGAGGGAGGGGAUUACAUGGCAUGCUUUUUUGCCAUCGAUCAUCAUCCCUCCAUUAAAAUUCCUAUCGAGUUCGAUUGGAGAUCUGGCUUGGCUGCUAAAGAUUGGUCUAAUGUAGCCAAAAAAGGUUCUGUAGAUGCAAUGGAGUUGGAGCUAAAAAAGCUUGCAGACUUCGUGAGUUCCAUUCAUGAAGAGAUGUUUUAUCUCCGAGAAAGGGAACAUGAUAUGCAAGAGCUUAAUAACAAGACAAAUUCAAGAAUGGCGUUAUUGAGUUUUCUUUCACUGUUCGUCUGCUUGUCAGUUGCAGGUUUGCAAAUUAGAACAAAUAGGGAAAACCAUACAAAGAAAAAACCCAGAAUAAACUCCAGCCUCCACCUCAAUCGUGGUCCUCCUGCUCUGCCACUCCAUUUCUUGUUGAAACCCACCUCCAAUGCCACUAUCUUUUUAGCGAUGACACCAAUCUUCACUGCCAUCUCCAUCGUUCUUAUCCUCGUUCUUCAACUUAUGUCUUCACUGAUGUUUGUUAGCAAGAAGCAUGCUCCAAUAUGA